CCUGUCCGGGGCGGUCCCGGCCGCUCUGCCCGCGCCGUUCCGGCCGCCCGGGGCUGUGGGGCCAUGGCGGUGUUCGUGACGCGGCGGAUCCCGGCCGAGGGGCUGCGGCUGCUGUCCCAGGCCAGCGGGUGCCGCGUGCAGCAGUGGGACUCGGACGAGCCGGUGCCGCGGGCCGAGCUGCUGGCCGGCGUGGCGGGGGCCCGCGGGCUGCUGUGCCUGCUCUCGGACCGCAUCGACCGCGAGGUGCUGGACGCGGCCGGGCCCGGCCUGAAGGUCAUCAGCACGUUGUCCGUGGGCUUUGACCACCUCGCGCUGGACGAGAUCAAGAAGCGGGGGAUCCGGGUGGGGUACACCCCCGACGUGCUGACCGAUGCCACGGCCGAGCUGUCCGUGGCCCUGCUGCUGUCCGCCUGCCGCCGCCUGCCCGAGGCUGCCGAGCAGGUCAAGAGUGGUGGCUGGACAACCUGGAAGCCCCUGUGGAUGUGUGGGUAUGGCCUGUCUGACAGCACCGUGGGCAUCAUCGGGCUGGGCAGGAUCGGACAGGCAGUGGCCCGGCGCCUGAAGCCCUUUGGGGUCAGCAAGUUCCUGUACACCGGCAGCGGCCCCAAGCCAGAGAGCGCGGCCGAGUUUGGGGCUGAGUUUGUGCCGCUCACCAGGCUGGCCGAGGAGUCGGACUUCGUGGUGGUCACCUGUGCCCUGACGCCAGCUACCCAGGGCUUGUGCAACAAGGACUUCUUCAGCAGGAUGAAGAAAACCUCUGUGUUCGUCAACACGAGCAGGGGGGCCGUGGUGAACCAGGAGGACCUGUACGAGGCGCUGGCCCAGGGGCGGAUCGCGGCCGCCGGCCUGGACGUCACCACGCCGGAGCCGCUGCCCACGGACCACCCGCUGCUGUCCCUCAGGAACUGCGUGAUCCUGCCACACAUCGGCAGCGCCACGUACGCCACGAGGAGCACCAUGGCCGUGCUGGCAGCCAAGAACCUGCUGGCCGGGCUGCGAGGGGAGCCCAUGCCCCACGAGCUGCAGCUCUGAGAGCCCGGCUGGGACAGCCAGGCCCUGCCCAUGGAUGCCGUGCUCCAGGAUGUCCUGCUCCGGGAUGUUCUCCUCAUGGAUGCCCUGCUCCAGCAGCGCCAUGGGACGCCAGCCUGUGUCCCCUGCCCUGGGGUGGCCUGGAGCACCACAGGGUGCCAUUAAAGAGUAGCAGCAA